CUGCAUCACAGACGAGGGCGAGAGGAGAAAAUCAGCUGAUAAUAGGAUAUUACAGAACUCGGCACGCUGUUUCUGACCCAACACACACACACACACACACACACACACAUUCAUAUCACAGCACGCGGUUCCCUCCCCUCCCUCAAAACACACUCUGUGUGUCGAAUGACGUCAGUCCUUCCAGCCAAUUGUGAUUGGUUUGGGUUUUUGCUGCACACACGGAGGGAAGUACGGCAGAAAGGAGGGAGGGAGGGAUGGAUGGAGAGGCCGGUGUUACACUCACAUUCACACAUUCCCAUGCAGAAUCAUAGCACAGACAUUCACACAGACACGUGCAGAGUUUUCACCGAGGGGUGAAGAGUUAACUCCAGCAGAACGCAGGUUGAAGGUGAGAGCAGGGUAGCCUCCCUCACCAGAGUCAAUCCAUGCACCCUGGUGGGGUAGUGGACGUCACCUAGACUUCAUGGACCCAGCAUACCCAGGAUACACAGAAGGAUUGAGUACAGAAGGAAGGAGCAGAAUGGCACAGCAGUGGGAAGAUGUGGUGGCUGCAUCUGUUAACUUAGUGCCAGAGGUUUCCCAGCACCUGCGUGAUGAACAGGAGGCUGUACAGAAACGGACCUUUACGAAGUGGAUUAACUCCCAUUUAGCGAAGCGGGAUCCCCCUCUGGUGGUGACGGAUCUCUAUGAGGAUAUUAAGGAUGGAGUGAUGUUGCUGUCGCUCCUUGAAGUCUUGUCUGGACACAAACUGCCAUGUGAGCAGGGCCGCAAGCUGAGGAGGAUUCACUGGCUGGCCAACGUGGGAACUGCGCUGCACUUCCUCGAGGGCAGGAGGUCUGUCUACAGAGGAUCUCCGAUCAAACUAGUCAAUAUCAACACGACGGAUGUGGUGGACGGCAGACCCUCAAUCGUGCUGGGAUUGAUAUGGACCAUCAUACUGUAUUUCCAGAUCGAGGAACUCACCAGCACACUACCGCCUCCAAAAGGAGAGACCAGCAGCACGUCUUUGGUGGACAGCUCCAACAGCGCCGAGAUGACCAGCCCUCCGGUCAAACGCAAGCCCCGCCUCUCGUUUCAGGGAGGAGCCAAGAGGGCGCUGCUUAAAUGGGUUCAGAGGACAGCGACUAAAAGAAUGGGCCUGGACGUGAGGGACUUCGGACCCAGUUGGCGCUCUGGUAUAGCGUUCCAUGCCGUCAUCUUCGCUCUGCGCCCUCAGCUGGUUAACAUGGAGCGUGUGUGGAACCGGCCCAACAGAGCCAACCUGGAGGAGGCCUUCGUACUGGCUGAAAGAGAGCUGGGUAUUCCACGCCUGCUCGACCCUGAAGAUGUGGACGUUGAUAAGCCGGAUGAGAAGUCCAUCAUGACGUACGUGGCUCAGUUUCUGAAGCACCAUCCAGAGGCGCUGGAGACCGAGGCGGCCGGACAGGAGGAGUUUGGCCUGGCUCCAUCCGCCCUCGGAGAAAUGCUCGAGCGCGAACAGAGGAAGACGCUGAGGGAGUUGAAGGCCUGGGCAGAUCAGAUGGACAGUAGCUGUGCUCAGGCUCAGACGGACGCUGGAGACUCCGGUCAGCAGUACCAGAGCUUUAAACUCUACCGUGUGCAGUAUGAGACGAGGAGGAGACAAGUGGAGUCGAGCAUUCGCUCCACUCAGAAGGACGGCAUGUUAACGUCAGACCAGGCUCUGGUCAAACAGGUCUGGGACAGACUGACCACAAGACUUCAGGACUGGCACCUGCAGCUGGACGGAAGUUUACCGGAUCCUCUGGGUAAGGUGGGUGUGUGGCUGCAUCAGGCAGAAAAGAUUAUCCGAGAGGAGCUGGUAUCUCUUCAGAGCCACAGUGACACAGCUGAUGCCAUCCACAAAUCACGCCGAGACCAUCAGGAGAUUCUCAGCCUUCUUGAAAUGCACCAGCAGACUUUCCAGCAUUUUCACAGAGAUACAAGCGUCAGUGGCAUCCAUGUACCUGUCGAGCAGCUCCAAGAUAUAGCAGAGAGAUUAAACUACGUAUCUACCUCCUCACACAUUCAUCUGAGCAAACUGGAAUUCCUGGAGUUACGGUAUGGCAUGCUGGCGUUCCUGUCACUGGGUGAGUCCAAGCUUAAGUCCUGGAUCAUCAAGUACGGACGUCAGGAAACAACCGAGCUUCUGCUCCAGAGCUACAUGUCCUUUGUUGAAGGCCAGCAGUUCUUUCAGAAGUAUGAAUCAAUCUCUGAAGCCCUGAAGCAGACGGCCAUGAUUUAUAUCAACGCUGACAACUCCGUUGAGCAGCGAGUGAGAUGCUUUCUGCGGGACGUGGCCGAUCAGUGGAGGAGUCUGUCGGUGGAGGUGCGCAGUGUUCGAUCCAUGCUGGAGGAGGUGCAGGGGAACUGGCACAAACACAGCAGCUGUGUGGCUUCUCUGCAGGUCUGGCUCGAGGACGCUGAGAGAGCUCUUCGACAACCUGAGAACACCAAACGAGAGUUCUUCAGAACCCUCCCACACUGGAUGGAGAGACACGCCGCCAUGAACGCGGCGGGAAAUUUCCUCAUAGAGACCUGCGAGGAAACGGUGGCUCGUGAUCUGAAGCAUCAGCUGCUGCUUCUCAACGGGAGAUGGAGAGACGUUUUCAGCAGAGCCAAACAUUAUGCGCGUGUCCCCGAGACCCAGAGCGAGCGAGAGCAGCAGGAGAUCAUCACGGCUCUCAGAGGCUUCAUAGACGCAUCCAUGAGCAAACUCUCCUCACCUGUUCAGGUGUUGCUGCCUGAUGUCAGAAAGUUUGUGCGGGAUGUCGAGGAUAUCAGACACAUGCUCUCAGCGAUGGAGGCCCAGUAUAAAAUGGCAGCACGUACCGCCCAGCUUUGGGCCAGAGACUCAGCCAGUGGAAAUGGAAAACACGCCCUGUCUGCUAUGGCGUCCAUCAAAGAGCAGCUGUACAAGAUAAAGGACAGAUGUCCACUGGUUCUGAGAGAGUGUCAUACUGUACUUCCUCUACUGGAGGAGCUGGAGAGACAAAUCACCGACUUUUAUCAAACGGCGGAUCACGCAGGUCACAUCAUCACACAGCAGCACGACCAGCAUAAAAACCAGGAGCUCUUAUCCCAGCAGCAGAACUGUAAGCGGAGUGUGUGUGCAGUGGAGCGCAGUUACCUGGCCCUGCAGAGGGCGCUGUGCUGCACCAAAACCCUCUACAAUUUCGAUGCGUCUCUUCUGCAAAACAGGGUCACUGAGCUGCAGACCACUGCCCAGGCCCUGAUGCAGGAGGCACUCGAGUGGAGGAGGGUAGCGGAGGCCAACGGUAACCUGACACGCCGGUUCGAGGAGUCGCGUGCCGAGCUGGAGAAGACGCUGAGGGUGGGUCAGGCGUGUCUGAAGGAGAGAGGAGACCCAGCCGAACUCUUCAGCAAACACAGCGACUUUUUUGGACGUCUGGACCAGCGUGUUUUAAAUGCAUACCUGAAAGCAUGUGACGACCUCACUGAUAUUUUGCCCGAGGAGGAACAACAGGACCUACAGGAGUCAGUCAGGAGCCUGCACAAACAGUGGAAGGACAUUCAGGCCGAAGCCCCGUCUCACUUGCUGAGGCUGAGAGUGGAGGCAGAGCAUCACAUGCUGAUGACGUUACUGCAGGAGUGCAGAUCAGAGCUGCAGAGAGAAGAGAAGAUGCUUCCUACAGGCGGCAGCGAGAGAGUCAUCCGAGAACACAGGGCGUUUUUCAGACACAAGGACCCUCUGUCCUCGUGUGAGAAGAGACUGAAGACCAUGGAGCAGCUCUGUCAGAAACUUCCUGAGAACGAUCCAAUCCAGAAAGCUCUAGCGGCUACCAGAGGUCACCUAUCAGAGGUCAGAGACGAGGUGGAAGGUGCUUAUGCGAGACUCCAGCAGCAUCCGGACAAGUGGAGCGAGUGGCGUGUCAGGUUUAGGGAGUUCUCUGAUUGGCUGGAUUUACAGAUGACCGGAGAUGGAGAGAGCUGCAACGUUCAGCACGAGGAGCUAAAAAAUCAGGAGGAGAAUCUGGCCUGGUUGAGGGUUCGACUCUCAGUGCUGGAGGGUCUCAGUACUGAUGCUGAAGCUCUCACACAAAGAACAGCACUGGAUGAGCUUUCUAACAGACUCACCACCCUGAUCUCCUCUCCUGAUGAUGCGAUGUCUCUAGAUGGACACAGUGAGAGGGGUGAGGAGGAGGUCCAGCAGCAGGAGGACGAGGUGUUUGAGAUACAGGAGCACAGUGGAAUCCUGAAUGCGGAGAGUGUAAUGGAGGCCAGACAGCUUCUUCUCAUUCAUCAGCAAAGGCUGAAGUCUCAGAGGAGGAAGAGAACGUGUCCCUGUGAAGCACCAUCAUCUGCUGAGGUCACUAAAGAAGGCUGGGCAGCACAGGAGCAACAUCUUCAGGCCACCGUGAGUGCAUGGCAGGGGUUCGAACAGGACAGGGAGGCAGUGUGGCAGUUUGUGUGCAGCGCCACUCCUGUUCUACAGUGGAACUUCACCUUCAGCAGUCUGGAAAAUCUUACUAAUGAACUUAAUCACGCCAAAGAGCUUUACACACAGACCGGGACGUUCAUGGAUAAGACCGAGUCGCUGGUGAAACAGGCAGCAGAGAUUCAGCUGGGAUCGCAAAAUAAUUCACUGCUGAAUGACCAGGCGCAUGCUGCACAGGAGCGAGUGCAGGACGUACAGGCCAGUGUGCAGAAACUGGUUUCUGAGCUUGUGGAGAUACAGACAAGCUGGCAGCAUUUCAGCAGUGAGUCAGAAUCUUUCUCCUGCUGGGUGUUCGAGAGAGAGAAGGAUCUAGAGGCUGUCGACUGCAGCUCUACUCUAGAGAAACAGAUUCACACCGUGGAGACGAUAGAAGCCGAGUUGGAGGACAGAAGGGACGUCUUGAGUCAGUUAGAGGACGAGUCUUUCGCUCUGACUCGUUUCAUCACGCCCGGUGAGGCGGAGCGGAUCAGAUCCCGCUUGAUACAGAUCCGUCGCUACUGGGAAGAGCUGAAGAACAGCGUGAAGCAACGCGGGGAGGAGCUGCAGGCCAGCUCUUCAUAUAGAAUCAAAUUAAUUGAGGAUAUGAAUGAGAUCAAAAAUGUGUUAAAGGAAGUUGCAGACAAGUUGGAUAUACCCAUAACGGGCUGCACAUCAACAUCAGGGACAUACCAGGUUCUUCAAGAUCAUAUGGAAGUAUGGCAGGCUCUUAAACUUCUGCAGCCCAGGCUGGUGUCGUUAAGUCUGGGAUCGAGAAAGGUAACUGACGGUGGGCAAAUGGAGAAAGAAGUUGCAAAUCUUCAGCAGACUCACUCACAGUACACGCGUGAAGCUACCAGCAAACAAGCCGUGGUGGAGGACCUGCUGACUCUGUGGCAGCAUUAUGAAAGGAAUCUGUCAGUGCUGCAGGGCUGGCUGGAUAGCGCUGAGUAUUUCUGUAACCCUGAUGCUCCAUAUAUAACCACAGAUCAAGCCAAGCUCCACAGCCAACUGCAAACUCUGCAGGACCUGCAGUCUAAGGUACCAUCUCAGGAGGCUUUGCUGGAGAAGCUGGAGACCCAGGCUGCAUCUCUGUACCCCACAGCAUCGGAGGAACGAGUGUCAGAGGUGACAGAGCUUCACUGCAGUCUGGAGGAGAGGUGGUGCUCUCUCAGUAUGACCAUACCGCUUAGGAUUCAGGAGCUUCAGUCUCAUAUGGAGUUACUUGAUCGGUUUAACCAGACACUAGCAACCCUCACCCAGUGGAGUGAAACGUUUCUUGCAGAGCUAAGAAGUAAAUCCAAGGUCGCCAUCGCUGACUUGACGUCUGUUGAUACACAAAACAAGGAUGACGAAGCCGCUAUCCAAUCCCAAAGAGAAGCAAUGGACCACCUGAAGAAGCACCUAGACACACUUGGUCCCAUUUUAGCUCCUGUGGAUCUCCAGCAGAUCCAGGCCAGACAGGACGACUGUCUUCAGCCCUUCCAUGAAGCCCAGACUGUUGUCCAAAACCGGACCGAAGCCCUGGCUAAACUCAAAACCUUCCUAGAGACCUACAGAUCCACCAGUACCUCACUUCAGACUCUCCGGAAAACAGUAGAAGAACGUGCAAACUGGGACCAAACCGUAGCCGGAAACCUAAACCAGGAACUGGCACAGUUGGCACAGGACUUCGCCUCCGUGGAAAUUCAGGCCAUCAGUGUGGACAGCGGUCUGAACAAGGCGUACCUGCACCUGCACGGCAUCGGACAGGACAGGACGUCCUGCCGGGGGCUGACGGACGAUCUGGGAUCGAGCCUGCAGCAGCUUCAGAGGAGCAUGGGGACCAGGCAGAGCGAGGCAGAGGCGUUGGAAGCCAUGUGGAGCUCGUUUACGAGGCGAAAGGAGCUGCUCCUCAGGAGCCUGGCAGAGCUGGAGGAGAGAGUUAGAAAAGCUUGGCUUCAAGAGCCCAGCGUACAGAACUUUCAGCAAAGGCUGAGGACGCUGAAGCAGUUGGAGGAAGAGCUGGAGUCUCUGCAGCACAGCCAGAUGUGGUUGGGAGACAGAGGGGAACAGUUGUCCCACAGAGAGUCUGAGCUGGUUGGGGAGGCACAACAGGAUGUAACCCUGGUUCAGUCUAGCUGGGACACCAUUAAGAACCUCGUCUCAGUGGAGCAGGAACAGUGCACUGUGUUGUUGGAGAUCUGUAAGGAGUACCAGACCCUAAAAUCAAAACUCAGCUCUGUUGUAGAGAGAGCCCACGGUGUUACUACAGCCCAGUUCAACCAACACAACCCAGAGGACAGCCGAAGAGCCCUGACCAGGCUGGAGGUUGUGAAAUCAGAGCUGACGGCUGCACAUGAGGAGCUGGAGAAGUUUAUCAGUAAAGGUAAACGCUUCAUCACUGAACUGAAGAAUCUUCAGGAAGACGCAACAGAACAAAUCCGUACAGAGAUAAACGUCAUGGUGGACCAGUGGAUGGAUAUAUCAGAGAAGAUUGACGUGGACAUCGACCGACUUAGAGUUUCUCUUGGCCUAUGGAGCGAGAUGAACUCAAUUGCCAACGACAUCGAGUGUUGGAGUGCCACCUCUGUUAAUGAGCUUAACGAAGGACCCGUUCAUCUCUUAUCCAGUCCCGACACGGAGAGUUAUCUCACACAGUUUAAGCUGGAGCUGGAGAGUAAAAAGGAGGCGCUGAGGAUUCUGCGAAGGAAAAUGACUGAACUGCAGGACGUGACGAAUAUGCAGCAAGCACCAGUCGAGCUGCAGGCAAUGGACGCUGAUCUGAGGAAGAAGAUCUUACACGCUGAGGAGGUUUAUGAGGAGGCCAGGUCUGUCCUGAGAGACUUCAGUUCUCAGAACAAGCAGCUCCAGGACGUCAUUACCCAGAUGGCCGAGCAGCUGGACGCCAUCGAGAGCGCGCUGUCGGAGCUAGGGCAGUCAUCUGACCCAGAAAACGUAGCCAAAAUAAGGGAAGCUCAGAGGACGCAGAAGCAAGUGGACAGUGGUUUGGACGUGGCCGGCGAGUCCCUCCGAGCGCUCUGUAGAACCUAUCCAGCUCCUCAACUAACCAGUCUCGGUGAGAGCAUCACCGAUCUGGUGAAGCGGAGUGAAGCUGCAGCCCAGCAUUCCGGUCAAACUCUCCGAACGCUCCAGGAAUCCCUGCUCCAAGGUUUUAAUGAACUUACCCAAGACUUCCAGCAUUGGUUCUUAGAGCUGAGGGCGGGUACAGAGGGAUCUCCUAAACCAGCAGACGUCCCUGAGGUCACAACUCGGCAGCAGAAAUUUAAGGUGGCCCUGGAGCAGGUAGCAGAGGGUGAAAUGCGCUUGGUCAGAUUGCAUGAAGAAGCAGAGAGGAUUCUGCCGUACCUGUCCAAAACUGCGGCUGGAGGGGUGCAGGAACGCCUGACAUCAUGUCACCUGGCGUUGGAUGGGUUUGCCGUGACCUGCAGACAAAACCUGCGUUCGCUGGAGGAGAGCGCCGCCCUACAGAACGGAUUUGAAGGCAGUGUUGAAGAAUUAAGAGAGUGGCUGCGACACAUAGAGGAGAGACUGCAGAAAGAACCUGAUCCCUGGGAGGAGAACCAGCCUGGAGUCCCUGACUGCUCCACACAGCUGAGCAGGAUGGAGGAACUCCACAAAAAGCUGCUCAUGAGGAGGCCGUCGCUGGAUCGUCUGUGUCAGACAUCACUUCCUAUGUCUGAGGGGGGCAGCGUUCUGGCAGAGCUGCUGUCCUCCCACCACGCCCUCCUCCAGGACGUCUGGGCUCGAAUCCGCCACCUGCAGGAGUACCAGGCCUUUAAUGAGGCGGGGAGGGCCAUGAGGGAUUGGCUAGAGGAGGUGCAAAGCAAGCUGGAGAAACUUGAUUGCACAGAGGGGGUCAAAGAUGAAGUGGAGGAGCGACUGGAGCAAGUACAGGAUAUCCUCCUGAUGAAGGGCGAGGGUGAAGUGAAGCUCAACAUGGCUGCCGGGAAGGGGGAGCUGGUUAUAAAAAGCAGCGGACAAGCCGGACAGGAAGUGAUCCGUUCUAAGCUACAGGAAGUGGAGGACGCAUGGGCAGCACUGCUUUUGAGGGCCAUGAGCUGCCACAGCCGUUUGGAGUGGACAGUGAGUCAGUGGGGUCUGUUUGUGGAGUCUCGAUCCCAGCUGAAAAGCUGGUUGGAGGAGGUGGAGGCUGAAGUGACGGGACCUCUGGAACCUCAGCUGGGUCUCAGAGAGAAGAGGAAGCAACUGGAGCGCCUGUGCCUGCUCUCGGCCGACGUGGAGGACCACCAGGGGGCGCUGUGCUAUCUGGAGGAGAGCGCCGCCGAGCUGUACAAGCGCACCGGAGACCCCACCUUCCGAGAGGAGGAGACGGCCGGACUCAGGGCUCAGUUCGACGACGUCCGAGCCGCCGCCGAGGAGAGAGUCAGAUUCUCGGAAGGCGUCGUGUUCGAGCAUGAGAAAUACGUGGCGACGGUGAGAGAGCUCACCGAUUGGCUCAUGACCAAAGGGGAGGAGCUUCAGCGAUGUUACGACCCGACCGGUGACUCCGCCUCAGUUCAGCGGAAGCUGCUGGAAGUCCGGGAGCUGGUGGCGCAGGGCGCUCGCGAAGGGCGCGAGAGGCUGCGGCGAGUGCGGAUGUGCGCAGAGAGCGCCUGUAGGCUGACGGCGGCGGCGGGCUGCGAGCUGAUGGAUGGAGAGGUGCUGGCGCUGGCCCGAGCCCUGCAGCAGUGGGAGGGGCAGGCUCUGAGGGCCCGCGACACCCUGGAGACCGCGGUCUCCGUGGCGACCGGAGCCGAGCACGAGCGCCGGCGGCUCGCCGAGCAGCUGGAGGAGGAGAUGGAGCGGCUGGAGCGGCAGCUGAAGGAGUGGAGCGACGGUCUGAAGCGCUCCGAGAGGAGGAACAGCGGAGCGGCCGCCGUGGAGGGAUGGACCGUCGCCAAGGGGGUUCUGGAAGGUCUUCAGACAGCAGAAGUAAUGGAGGAGAAGCUGAAGACUCAGCUCAAUGAGCUGUGUGGAUAUUCGAGUGACCUGGGCCCUCAGUCAGAGCGGGUCAGCGCCCUCAUCAAACUGCACAACAGCCUCAGCCUCCGAGCGGCCCGCGAAUGUCAGAACAAGGAGAAGCUCCUGGAGCAGCGAUUCCGCUCCUCCAUGCGCGACUUCCGCCAGUGGCUGGUCAACGCCAACAUCUCCACCGCCAAGUGCUUCGACUCACCGCACAGCAUCCAGGAGGUCUCCGCUGCCCUCCAGAGGAUUCAGGAGUUCCUGAGUGACAGGCAGCAGGGCCAGACCCGAUUAAACGCCGUGCUCUCUCACGGGGAACAGCUCGACGCCGUGGUGCCCGCUGACAGGGUGGAGACGGUGCGGGCCAAAACGAACGCUGCCAGGGACGACUGGAGUAACCUGAUGGACAACCUGCAGCAGAGACAGACCGUGUUACAGGCUUUGCAGGGUCUGAUGCAGGAGUUCGAGGCGAGUGUGGAGCCUCUUCAGGACUGGCUAAACAGAACCGAGAUCACCGUACAGGAGAGCAGCACUCGCCUCCACGACCUGCCAGCCAAGAGACUAGAGCUCAGUAAACUGCAGGCGGUUCUGGAGGAGAUGAGCUCUGUAGAGGUGAAGCUGGGAGUUCUGAGGGAACGAGCUCACAGCCUGUGGGAAGGUCAGGCUGCUGGGAAGGGAUUUGUGCACCGGGUCUGCCAGCUAGCAGCUCGCUACCUCGCUCUGAGCAACCGCACCAAGGAGAAGGUCUCCAGGGUGGAGCGUGUGGUCGGAGAGCACCAGCUCUACUCUCAGGGUCUGCAGGAGCUUCAGAGCUGGCUGUCAGAAGCACAGCGGGUCCUCGAGACCUGUCGCUCACCUUCCGCUGAUAAAAGUGUGCUGGUCACAAGAAUGAGCCAGCUCGAGGACCUACUGACGGCUCGUCAGGAGCGUGAGAUCCAGCUGAAGAUGCUCAUCACCCGAGGCGAGGCGGUCCAGAGGAACACGUCUGCAGAGGGGGUUCCUGUAGUUCGCAAACAGAUCCAGGACCUCAAGGACUCAUGGGACUCGCUCCUCUCUGCCUCCAUACAGUGCAAAAGCCAGCUUGAGGGUGCGCUGUCUCACUGGACGAGCUAUCAGGAGGACGUGAGCCAGUUUGAAAGCUGGCUGGAACGGGUAGACGAGAGUCUGGGCAACUCAGAUAAACUCUGCACUGAAAUGAGAGAGAAGACAGCCAAUUUACGCAAGGCUAAGCUGCUUUAUGAAGAGGUGUUGAGCCAUUCCAGCCUUCUGGAGACGAUCGCCACCAAGGGUUCCAACAUGGCCGAACAUUUAGCCACUCAACAAGAGGUACACAAGCUCAGCGAGCGUUAUGAAGUCACCAAGGACAAAGCCAAGGCUGCGGUCAGUAAGGCAGAGGAGCUGGUCCUGGUGCACCAGGAGUACCAGAGGGGUCUGCACAUGUUCGAGGACUGGCUGGAGCAAGAACAGAGCAGCCUGGCUCUGCUUUCACCCCUGGAUGGAGACGUGAACACGCUAGAGAAGACCCUCAAAGAGCUGCAAGUGCUCCAGUCACUCUGCUCGGAGGGUCACGCCUUGCUGAACUCGGCCCUGUCCAGUCGGGAGCGGGUCAUCCCGUGGGGUGUUCCCCAGAUAGAGGACCGGGCUCUGGAGACGGCACAGAGAGAGUGGCAGGCGUACCAGGACAGGCUGGAGAACACCAGAGCCGGUCUGGAGCAGACCCUCACCAGACUUCAGCAGCUGGAAGGAUGUUUCCAAAGCUUGGACCAGUGGCUGACGGACCUGGAACUCAAAGUGAGACCGAGGAGCCACAGACGCUCCGAUUCUGCCACCAAAGACGUCCAGCUGCAGCGACUGCUGCACUGGCAGGUGGAAGCUGGGCAGAAGCAGCGUGACAUGGAGGAUCUCAGUGCUUUGGCUCAGCAGGUUGUGGAAGAUGCCCAUGUCAGUGCCAGGGUGAGCGCCCGGGUCACUCAGCUUACCACCCGCUACCAUUCCCUGCUCCUCCGCAUCCAGGAAACCAUCAGACAGCUCCAGGAGGAAAUCAGAACCAUAACAGAGGCCCAGGAUUCCAUCAGGACCUUCUCUGAUUGGCUGAGUGCAGCACAAGUGGGGUUGAAAUCAGCCAGCGAAAGUAAGGAAGCCCUGGACCGUUUAACGCUGGAUAAAAAGAUGAAGCGACUCGAGUCUCUCCAGUCGGACCUGGAUCACGGCCACGCCCUGCUGAAGACUCUUUGCGAGAAGCUGGUGCAGGCCGUCUGCUUUCUGGACGAACGCGAGGCCCGUGAGCUCGAGCAGGAGGUACAAACCCGCAGGUCCGAUCUAGAAGAGCUGAGCCUGGAGCUGAGAGCCGAACACGGGGCCACCGAGCGGAGCACGCUGCUGUAUAAAGAGUUUCAGGAGCGCUAUAAAGCCCAGCUGCAGUGGCUGAGGGAGACCGGAGCCCUGCUGAACGUCUCCACAGAGCCCAAAGCAGAACUGUAUCAGAAGAAAGCCCAGCUGGCUAAGCUUAAGGCUGUGGAACAGGCUCUGAUGUCCCGGGAUUCAGCCGUGAGUGCCGUGCUGGAGAAGGGAAAGACUCUGCUGCAUCAUCUUUACUCGCCCUCCAUCACGGAGAACCUGGACCGAUUACAGGAUGAGUACAAAGAGCUGUGCGCCGCCGCCAGGACUCAGGUGCAGAAAAUCGAGGCCCACGUGAAGAAGCAGGAAGCGUAUCACACCGAACUUCAGGAGGUGGAGCGAUGGCUACUCCAGAUGUCCAGCCGGAUGGUGACCCCUGAUCCUGCUCCAGGCGGCGGGUUAGAAGCAGCCACUCAACAGCUGGCCAGACACAAGGCCAUCAUGGAGGAGAUCGCGGGAUUUGAGGAGCGUCUGUCGGGGCUGAAGGACAGGGCGGAGAAGCUGACGUCUGGCUGCACCGAGCGCUUUCGGGCGCGCCUCCGCCAGCAGACUCAGAACCACCUGCAGGGAGCUCGAGACAGCUACUCCGCCAUCUGCAGCACGGCACAGCGCGUGUACCAGAGUCUGGACCGAGAGCUGCAGAGACACGUGAGCCUGCGCGACGCGCUCCAGCAGUGUCAGAACUGGCUGUUCAACAUACAGGACGAACUGCAGCCUGUUGUACAUACACCACGCUGCCUGGAGGAGGCGCUAACCCAGCUGAAACAGGAGCGAACCCUUCAGGAACAGGCCAGCACCUACCUGCAGCUCAUGUUCUCCACCUGUGACCUGUCUGAUGAGAAAGUGCAGGAGACGGCAGCCGAUAUCCAGCAGGUCAAAAUUCAGGCUGAGGAGAGAACGUUGGAAUUCCAGGAUCUGACAGACAGCUGGAGGGAGAUCGAGAAUUUGCACACUGAUCUGGAGUCCCGUCUCCGAGAAGCUGAGCAGUUUCUUCAGAACAUGCUCAGGAGACCCGCAGAACUCGAGCCGAAGGUCUGUCAGAAUCAGCUCGACCAGGCUCAGGAUUUUAUACUGGAGAUACAAGCCAGGCAGGUCGACAUCACCCAGCUGAGGGAGAGGGUGGGUAAGCUGGUGGAUGCCAAGGAGUCGCCCGAGCUGGUGGAGGUGGGUCGGCUGCGUCGGUCCUGGCUGGAGCUGGCGAAGCAGGCGGCGGAGCUGCUGGAGCAGAGAGAGGAGGAUCUCCAGAGGAGCGGUGAUUAUCAGGAGUGUCUGAGCAUGGCGGAGGAGCUGUUCGACCAGCUGUCCAAGGAAUGGAAUUAUCUGUCCAGGGGAGACAUGGAAAGCACCGAGGGGUUUCUAGACGCUCUAAAGAAGCUUUCGAUUGACCUUCAGGACCAGCGGUGUGUCCUGGAUGACCUGAAAGAUAACAGGAAUGCAGUUCUGCCACGACUCGGUCUGGACGACAAGGACCUCGUGAAGGAGCAGGUGGGCUACCUGGAGCAACGCUGGACCCAAAUCGAAACGCAGGUCGAACAGAAGACGCAGGACACGAUUCGGACGCUCGAGGACCUGAGUCAUUUAGAGGACCAGUUACGGGACACUAAAGAGUGGGCAGAAGUUCAGCGACCGUCCAUUUCGGAGGUUUUUAAGACCAGUCCCCCUCCAGACCUGGCUCAGAGCUUCUUAUUCGACCACUUGAGCUUUUGCGCUGAACUGGAAGCCAAACAGCAGCUCGUGUCCCAGUCCUUAUCAGAAGCCGACAGCCUUUACGGUCAUCUGGGUCUCCUUGAGAAGAAGAACCUCCAGGCUUUGGUGCACGAGGUCCAAAUAGAGAUCGAGUCUUUAGGAGCUAACGCAGCUCGACACCGCAAAAGCCUUAGUAAGGUGUUUACUGAGCGGACGCAGUUCCUCCAGGCUCUGGACAGGGCUUCUGCGUGGAUCAAACAGCAAGAGCAAAAGGUUCUUGCAGACGAGCACGUCGCCCUUCUACCAGACGAGCUCUCCAAGCAAGUUUUCACUUGCAGGAACGUAUGUGGCAGCCUGAGAGCGUAUCAGGUCGAGAUGACCUCACUUUGGACGCAAGGACGCGAGCUGGUCAAGGACACGACCGAAGAAGAAAAGACGGAGACUCUACAAAGGCUCGAGGAGCUUCAAGGAACGUUCGAGGCCUCUCUCCAGAGAUGCGUUCAGCACCUGCAGCGUCUGGAGAAAGCUUUGGCUACUCGGAAGUACUUCAAAGUCGAUCUGGACCGGAUGUGCGAGUGGCUGAGACACGCCGAGACCUCCACGUUCCCAGUCAUCGACCUCAGUCUGAGCGACGAGGAGCUGCAGAACCAGUUCGCCAAAUACCAGCAGCUUUUGGAUCACACCUCAGCCUACGAGAACCUUCUGCUCAUCGUCCAGAGGGGAGGACAGGAGAUCCUUCCCACGCUGAACGAGGUGGAUCACUGCUACCUGGACGAGAGACUCAACGGCCUUCCGCAGCAAUACAACGCCAUUCUUUUAUCAACCAAAGAAAAGCGCGACAGGAUUCAACGCGUGAUCCUGGAACGCAGGGAAUUCGAGUCGCUGGCGGAGGCCACACGCAAGGCUCUGGAGGAACUUCAGGAGCAAUGUGACGCCUUAGAGAACCAGACGACCACUAAAGACCUUAAAGCGCUGCAUAGCGAUUAUCUAGAGAUCCAGAAAUGCCUGUUAAAACUUCUCAAGGCUUUAAAGGAGCUGAGGAAUAAAACUCAGGAUUUCCACAGUACAGGACAGCCGUACACGCCCGCGGUCAUCAAUCAGCUGUUCAUCCUACAUACCCGACUAAAUAUAGUGAUCAAGGAGAAGGUUAAAGAACUCAACAGCACAUUGAAUGUAUUAAACGACUACAGUGCCACACUCGCUAAAACUGAUAGCGGCAUGAGUGCAAUCAAGGAAGAUCUGCAAAAGCUUUAUUCUCAGAAGCAGCUAAAUGCCAUUGAGAGAUUAUCUCAGCUACACAAGCUAGCCAAAGAUCUCAACCAGAUUAGCUCCCUUUCUGAAGGUCUAACAGGGCAGAUUCAAGAACUCGGGCAGCACCUCGAGCCUCAGGUUUCCUCUAGACAGACUCAGCUUCAGGCUUUGGAAACACAGAUCCUUACAAGCAUCCAGGAAGGUCAGAGUCGUGCUGAAGGGAUGCGUGAUCUCUCUACAGAACUGAAAGAAAACCUGGAGUGGCUCAGGAAGGUUAGAGAUGACCUCACAGGUCCAGUAACUCUUCGGGAAGUUGAUGCUCGAGUCGUUCAGGAGGAGAUCAGGUCAACGCUGGCUGUUCAAGAAGAGAUGAAAUCGAGGAUUCAAGCUUUAGAGGUUUUAAGACGAAAUGAGAGACAAGAGUACGAUCGAGGCCCAGUCUCCGGUCAUAUUGAGACCGGUUUGAAGGAAAUGGCAGAGCUGGAGACGGAGUUGCAGCAAGCCUUCACAGCUAAACAGGAGACCCUGCAGUCAGCCCUGUCCGUGCUACAGAAGUACCAAAGUGCCUUGAGAUCUACCUGUCAGUGGUUGAACGAUUCUGAGUCGCUCCUGAAACAGACGAAUAAAGAACUAGACCCUGAAAACCUUGCAGUAACCCUCACGGAUAUAGAAAGUGUUAUUACUCAGAAACAGACUCAAGAUAAAGAUAUACAGGGUAUGGGCAGCUUGUUCCCACAAAUGGAGGAAUUUAUUGAUGCUGGUGUUUUCAAGGAAGUCAAAAAGGAAUUUGAGGCCACUUGUCAAAAGAGUUCAGACCUCAUGGAGCAGCUGCUGCAACACCAGGAAUCUCUAAACAGAUACUCUGCUCACUGGACCUCAUUCCAGAGAGACAGAGACGACGUUAUAACAGAAAUGACCCGGGUUGAGAAGAGACUGGCAGCGUUUGGCACGGCUAAUUCGAGCUCACUUCAGGAAACUGAGGACAAGCUUCAGACUCAUCAGAUUGUAAUAUUUGAAGUAGAGGCUCUUCAGGACAAACUGACGAACCUGAAGGACCAGACGGCUGAGUUGGAUAACGGCGUGUACAGCGCCGCGGCGUCUCGUUCGGUCUGUGCGCUGUGUCGGCGCUGGACUCACAUAAACAGCGUGGCCCGAGCGCAGGAGAAAGCCCUGAGGGACGCCGUGCAGGACUGGAGGCGCUUCAUGGAGAAGCUGGUGAAGAUGAGGAGCGUGUGGGAGGACCUGCACGGUCGGGUUCCUGACGGCGUGGUGGAGAAAGCUGCCAGCACGGUGGCACUGCACAAUCUGUUAGAGUACCACGACUCCUUCAGCCGAGAGGUGGAGAGAGAGAGCAGCGCCCUGACCCUCCUCAGACACCACGCCCUCGGCCUGCUCCUCCGCCCUAAUAACGCGGGACUCCUACCACCCAGCCAGCAGCCAGCCACGCCCAGAAACCACAUGGACAAGCCCACCAGCCUACCGAUCACACCCACCAAGCUGGCAACCACAUCCAGCGAUCGCUCAGACACACCUGGCAACAGAUCAGCUACACCCGGCAACCAGAUGAACAAACCCAGUAAUGCAGAGGCGGCGUGUCUGCAGGGAAUCCAGGCCAUGCAGGAGAAAUAUGACAGUCUGUUACAGCGGGUGAGUGUGAGCAGGCAGCAGGUUCAGGUGGAGCUGCUGGAGCGAGAGGAGGUGGAGAGGGAGCUGGGACUGGUUAAAGGCUGGAUCCAGGACACACAGGGUCUCCUGCUCAGCCCCACAGCGGACCUGGAAACACUUCUGUCAGACCUGGAGACGGCUCACGGCGGCGUGCAGUCUCAGCGCCAGGCUCUGGAGCAGAUCGCCGACCGCCAGCAGACGAAAUACAAGGACCUUCGCGCCGCCGUACCCUCCGAGAUCAGCACUCAGUUGGCACAGGUCACUCUGGCGCUGGGUUCAGCAGAGGAUCAGGUUCAGAGCAGAGAGAAGGAGGUGCAGCACAGCAGGGACGUGAAGGAGGAUUUUAACUCCAGACUGAAGGACGUCUCAGAGAGAGUAAACGCCAUCGCUGUCAGGCUCAAGCAGAAAUCUGUGGAUGUGGAGGAGGCUAAAGAGGAGACCGAGAUGCUGCGUGAGGAACUGAAGGACUGUUCUCACACUCUGUCGGAGCUGGACGUGGCGGUGCAGGAGUUCGGGGAGCAGAACCCUCUGCUGGCACGACAGUUAGGUGCCACCCUGAGCAAACUGACCGAGUUCCACUCACAGACCAGCAGAGUCGCUGACGGGAGAACCGCCCGCCUCAAAAAGGCUGAGCAGCACUUUGAGGAGUUUAACGAGAAACUGACCCUGAUAUUAAACUGGACAGAAAAAGCCGAGACUCUGGUCUCGACCAACAUCGUGUGGAGUCCCGCGUCCAUGAUGCAGGAACAAAUCAGAACUCACCAGGCUCUGCUGCGGGAGUGGAGGAGACUGCAGGGUGAGGUGGAGGCACUGACGGAGCGAGUGGGGCUGCUGGGAGAAGUGGUUCACACUGAAGCUCUUACUCAGCAGGUAUCGGUGCUGAGCCACCACGCCGAGGAGCUGCAGCAGCGAGCCAGAACCAGGCUACUGAGUCUGCAGGACGCUGCUAAGGACCUGAGCCGGCUGGAGUGUGAGGUGAAGAACCUGCACCAUUCUGUAGAGAGAGUUCAGGAAACUCUGGGUUCUCCAGACCUGGCUCGCCUCAGCCUGCGGGAGCAGCUUCUUCAGAGACAGCACCUGCUGACAGAAAUGGAGGGAUUUAAGGUGCAGAUCCAGGCGGUGCAGAAGUGUAUGAGCGCCCUCCAGCUGCCAGUGGACGUGGUGGCGACGUUACCCCUGUGUGUCACCGCCCAGAAUCUACAGCAGGACAGCAGCCACCUUCAACACACCACCAUUCAGCAGUGCAACAUACUACAGGAGGCCACGGUGCAGUAUGAGCAGUAUGAACAGGAAGUGAAGAACCUGCAGAAGCUGAUUGAAGAAGCCCAGCGUGUGAUCCAGGACCGUCCUGUAGCUACCAGCAACAUACAGGAGCUUCAGACCCAGAUACAGCACCAUGAGGAGCUGGCCGAGAAGAUAAAAGGCUACCAGGAGCAGAUAGCCACCCUGAACUGCAAGUGUAAGAUGCUGACGGUGAAGGCCAAGCACGCCACCAUGCUGCUGACGGUCAGCGACGUGGCCGGACUGUCGGACAGCCUGGACGAGCUGGAGGAUGAGGAGGAGGAGAUGGCCAAACACCCAGCAACACACCCCUCGGUUGUCAUGAUGACCGCAGGCCGCUGUCACACUCUCCUCUCCCCGGUAACGGAGGAGUCUGGCGAGGACGGCACCAACAGCGAGGUCUCCUCCCCUCCGGCUUGUAGAUCCCCCUCGCCCGGGCCUAACGCUGACGCCUCGCUUAACCAGGUUCCUGGAAGAGCCCCAUUAAGCAGAGCACCGCUACAGGAACUCUAUGACCAAUCGAUUGAGUCAGCCAACCUGGACGAUUUACAGCGCUCAUGGGAAACAUUGAAAAAUGUGAUCAGUGAGAAGCAGAAGAGUCUGUACGAGGCUCUGGAGAGACAGCAGCACUACCAGGAGUCAUUACAGUCCGUCUCCACCAAGAUGGAGUCCAUCGAGAGCGCCCUCAGCGAAGGACUGGAGCCUGGCAAGAGUCCCGAAAGUCAGAUGGCUGCUCACCAGGCUCUGAUGGACGAGAUCCUGAUGCUGCAGGACGAGAUCAGCGCUCUGCAGGCGUGUUUCUCCGAGGAGCUGCGGCGGGACGAGGAGAGUCCCGAACAGGACGCGGGCGAUCAGCUGGCGCUGCACUCCACCCUCACCGUCCUGGGCGAACGCAUGGCCACCAUACACAUGAAGGCGUCUGGCAAGCGCCAGCUCCUGGAGGAGCGACUGAACGAGCAGCUGGAGGAGCAGAGGCAGGAACAGGCCCUGCAGAGGUACCACACUGAAGCUGAGGAGCUCGACCACUGGCUGCUGAGCACACGCGCCACCCUAAAUUCUGCCCUCCGACCACAUCAGGAGGACAUGGACAUGGAGGACCAGCUGACGGACUGCCAGAACAUGCUGCUGGAGAUCGAGCAGAAGGUGGUGUGUCUGUCCGAGCUGUCGGUGCACAGCGAGAGUCUGCUGAUGGAGGGGAAGGCGGGAACGCGAGGGGACGCCGAGCAGCUCACGCACAAACUGCACGUCCUCAAAGCCAGUCUGCUGGAGCUGCAGCGCAUCCUGCAGGACAAGCACACGCACAUACAGGGUACACUGCUGGAGCAGGAGGAAAGUGAGCCCGACUCGACGCUGUCUCAGAGCCCGAGCAUGUUGGACUGGCUGAGUCAGGCUCGAUCCACACGCACCCAGCAGCACCAGGACACGGUGCAGAGACAGCGGGAAUUAGAGGCGCAGCUCGAGGAACAGAGGAAGUUAAUGCAGUCGGUCGCCUGCAGAGGGGAGGAGCUACUUUCACAGCAGACCACGCCCAACGGAGAGAGCGCUGUAGACCUGAAGGAUUUGCUGGAGCAGAGCGAGAGCGCUCAGGAUCUUAUGACGGUGAGAUGGGAGAACCUGAACAAAGACCUGAACACAAAGAUGCAGCUGCUGCUUAACACCAUGCAGGAGGAUCAGCUCAGCUCGGUGUUUCAGCGGUCGCGAGUGUCGAGCCCCGGAAGCCUUUUCAGAGGGGACCAGCUCACUCCAGACGUGUCCUUCCCCAGUACUGUAUUUGAGACUUUCAACCAAGGACUGGAAGGACUGGCAAAGACCGCAGGAGGUGCUGAUGGUAAACAGGACCAGACUCAGGAGAGCGCUCUGUACGAGGCCGUGUGUGCUGCCUCCUCCUGGCUGGAUGGUGCAGAGAACAGCUUACUCUUGGGUCCUGUGCUACUGUCCGAGGACUCGGAGGUUCAGCUCUGUCAUCUAGAGGGUUUGAAUAAGGAAGUGAAGAACGUCUUUAAUGAGGUGUGUAAGUGUCGGGAGGUGCUGGCGGGAGGUGCUGAGAAGGUGAGGGACAGAGAAGGUCACGACUGGAAUCAGUUUGUGAUCGAGGAGGUGCUGGAUGGACUGGAGGAGAGACUGAGACUGAUGGAUUCACUGAUGGAGCAGAGAUGUGACAGUAUUAGGGACCGGGUGCAGGAGCAUUCCACUUUUCAGACGGAGUUGAGGCUGUUAUUUUCUACUAUGAGUGACGCGAAGCACCAGCUGCUGAAGAAGCUGUCUGGAUCUGUGGACCGACCGGCCUCGAAACAAAUGGAGACCCUGGCGGAGGCCGAGGACGGUCUGAGGGAGUUUGAGCAGAAAGUCUCUGAGAUGAGGACUAAAGGAGAAACUCUGCAGCCAGACUCAGUGACCACACCAGAGCUGCUCAAACUACAGGACGUAUAUGAGGAGCUGGUCGAGAUCGUUGGCUCGAGGCGGAGUGGGCUGAAUCAGACGCUGGUUUUGAAGACGCAGUACGAGAAGGCUUUACAUGACCUACAGGAACUGGUAGACACGGCCCAGGAUAAGAUGGCUGCAGAUCAGAAGAUGACUGUAGGGUCGGUCCUCGAGGUUCAGAUCCUCCUGGACAAGCACAAGGAGUUUUUUCAGGGUCUGGAGUCACAUGUGGUGCUGACCCAGGCUUUCUUCAAGCAGGUCAGUGUGGUGAUGGUGCAGAGAGAAGCUCAGACUCUAGAACAGACUGUAGCUCAGGCUCAGACUGUCCUCAAACAAGCCCAUAGGAGAGGAGUAGAACUGGAGGGCAUCCUAGAGUCAUGGAGCAGACUGGUAGGAGAUUAUCAGGCCCUGUAUAACCAGUUAGAGAUGGUGGAGAGCAGCAUUCCCACUGUGGGACUGGUGGAGGAGACCGAGGAACGACUGACUGAAAGAAUCACACUUUACCAGGUUCUGAAGAGCACCCUGGUGGAAGGGCAGCCACAGCUCUAUCAGGUGCUGGAGGACGGGAAGAGAUUAUUACUGAGCGUUUGCUGCUCGGAGUUGGAGGCUCAGCUCACUCAGCUCGGAGAUCACUGGCUCAGCAGCACCACCAAAAUCAGCAGGGAGCUGCAGCGCCUCGACUCCACCCUCAAACACUCCACCAGGUACCAGAGGGACUCUGCGGAGUUGGGUCAGUGGCUCUCUUCAGCUCUGGACCGACUGGAGUUCUGGAGCACUCAGUCAGUCACCGUUCCUCAGGAGCUGGAGACUGUGAGAGAUCAUCUCCACGCUUUCCUGGAAUUUUCCAAAGAGGUGGACGCCAGAUCCUCUCUGCGCUCGUCCGUUCUGAGCCGGGGGAACCAGCUGCUGAGGCUGAAGAAGGUGGACACGGCGGCGCUCCGGACUCAGCUGGCCCAAGUGGAGACGCAGUGGGCUGAUCUGCUCACCCAUAUCCCUGUGGUCCAGGAGAAGCUUCAUCAGCUGCAGAUGGAGAAGCUGCCGUCUCGACAUGCCAUCACAGAACUGAUGAGCUGGAUUUCUCUGAUGGAGAACGUGAUACAGGAGGACCAGAACAAGAUCGGGGAAGCAGUGGGAUCAGAAGUGGUGCAGAGCUACAUUCAAAAAUACAAGGGAUUUCAGAUCGACCUGUCCUGUAAGCAGCUGACGGUGGAUUUCGUCAACCAGUCCGUUCUUCAGAUCAGCAGUCAGGACGUGGAGGGAAAGCGCGGUGACAAGACCGACUUCGCCGAGCGGCUGGGAGUGAUGAACCGGCGAUGGCAGAUACUGCAGGGUCUCAUCACUGAGAAGAUUCGGGUUUUGGAGGGUCUGCUUGAAAGCUGGUUGGAGUAUGAAAACGGGGUUCAGAACCUAAGAACCUGGAUCGGUACUCAGGAAGAAAAACUGAAGAAGAAACCCAUGAUUGAGGACGUGGCAUCGGUGCUGAAUCUACUGAAAGACUGCCAGGAGCUGGAAGAGCUGGUAAAGGAGAAGGAGAAGGAGCUGGAGAAGGUCGAGGAGAAGGGGUGUUUGCUUGUCCGGGGCAAGAAAGGAGAGGCUUCCUCAAGCGUCAUGGAAGUUCUUAAGGGGUUAAAUCAGUCCUGGGCAAACUUGGACCAAAUGAUUGGGCAGGUGAAGGUGAGUCUGCGUGCUGUGCUGGAGCAGUGGAGCUUGUACAAGCGAGCGUACGAGGAGAUCCACGGCUAUCUGAUGGAGGGUCGCUAUUCCAUCUCUCGACUCCGACUCCUCACCGGAUCUCCCGAGGCGGUCCUCAACCAGGUGGAAAACCUGGAGAACCUCCUCGAGGAGCUGGAGAAGCAGGAGAGCAGCCUAAAGAAGUUCGCUUCCCUCACCGAGCAGCUGCUGAAAGAUUGUCACUCCUCCGUCUCCGAUUCACUGAACACGACCCUCACCGACAUCAACCUGAGGUGGAACUCGCUGCUGGAGCAGAUCUCGGACCGGCUGAGUAGCAGUAAGAGCCUGUUGCAGUUGUGGCGGCGCUACAAGGAGCUUCAGGAGAGCGGCGGCGGGGACGUGCAGAGGCUGGAGGAGAGGGCCGAGCGGCUACGCAAAAGCGCCACACGCAAGGAGAUCACGGAGGAGGAGGUGAAGGCCUGGAUCUGUGACGCCAAUGACCUGCUGAAGGAUCACGGCUCGGUGCAGGACGCUCUGCAGCGGCUGACCGAAGUGGAGGAGCAGUUGAGGAUGCAGGUGGAACCCUCAGCGAUGGCCACGUUCCACACAGACUUCCUGUCACUCGGUCAUCGGCUAACCACACUGGGGACCAGCCUCAACCGGCAGCAGGCUCUGCUAGAGGUCAGCUUGAAGGACUACGAGAACUUCAGGGAGCAGCUGAACUCUCUCAGUCGGUGGCCGAAGGAAGCAGAGACGGUUCUGCAGGAGUUGGAUCUUGACCCGUCUGCAGAUCUGUCUGUUGUGUUGGCACGCAUGGAGAAACUGAAGGCUCAGAUGCUGAAUCUAAGCCAUUUGUCUCCUGACUUGGAGCGAGUAAAUAACACAGGCUACAGGCUUCCUCUGAACGACCAGGAGAUAAAAAGCCUUCAGAACCUGAACCGGAGCUGGAACUCGACCUCUGCACACACCACCGAGAGAUUCAGUAAGCUGCAGGCCGUGGUGCUGCACAGACAGAGCUUCCUGGAGAAGUGUGAGACAUGGCUGAACUUCCUCACCCAGACGGAGGAGAAGCUGGCUGCCGAGAUCUCUGGCAAUUACCAAAGUCUACUGGAGCAGCAGAGAGAGCAUGAGCUGUUUCAGACUGAGAUGUUCAGCCGACAGCAGAUCCUCUACUCCAUCAUUAGCGAUGGUCAUCAGCUCCUCAAUCAGGGACGAGUGGAGGACAGAGACGACUUUGGCCUGAAGUUGGCACUGCUGGGUAAUCAGUGGCAGGGUGUGGUACGGAGAGCCCAGCAGAGACGGGGCAUCAUCGAUGCGCUGGUGUGCCAGUGGCAGCGCUACACCGAGAUGGCUGAGAAACUGAGACACUGGCUGCGUGAGGUGGCGCUGGAGCCUCAGGAGCGGCAGGGAGAACUGGUGGCAACGCUACAGCAGGCACGAGGAAUCCUCGACCACAUACAGCUGAAGGAGCGGGUACUGCAGAGGCAGCAGGGCAGCUACAUCUUGGCGGUGGAAGCAGGAAGGCAGCUGCUCCUCUCGGCCGAUGCCCAGGCUGAGGCGCUGUUACAGGACGAGCUCACCGAUCUGCAGGAGAGGUGGAGGAGUACCAGCAUCCAUCUGGACCAGAGGAAGAAAGAGCUGCUGUCUCUGUUAAAGGACUGGGAGCAGUGUGAAAAAGGAAUUGGAGCGUCGCAUGAAAAGCUGAGAGCCUUUAAGAGAAAGCUCUCGCUGCCCUUACCCGAUCACCAUGAGGAGCUACACAACGAGCAGAUCCGCUGCAAGGAGCUGGAGGGCAGCACGGAGGGCUGGUCGAACGACGUCGCCGCUCUCUGUGCUCUCAGGGACUCGCUGUCGAGCAGCCUGAGCUCUGAUGACCUUACUGUACUGCAGGAGAGACUGGAACUGCUGCAGAGACAGUGGGAGGAGACCUGCCACCAGCUGACUCUGCGCAGGCAGCAGGUGAGCGAGAAGCUGAACGAGUGGGCCGUGUUCAACGAGAAGAACAAGGAGCUGUGCGAGUGGCUCACACACAUGGAGAGUAAAGUCUCUCAGAACGGAGACGUCAGCAUCGAGGACAUGAUCGAAAAACUCAAGAAGGACUAUCAGGAGGAGAUAUCGGUGGUGAGGGAGAAUAAGCAGCAGUUGGAGCUGAUGGGGGAGCGUUUGGCUCAGGCCAGUCAUGAGAACAAAGCGGCCGAGAUCCAGUACAAACUGAGUAAAGUGAACGAGCGCUGGCAGCACCUGCUCGACCUCAGAGCAGCCAGGGUGAAGAAGCUGAAGGAGACGAUGGUAGCUGUGCAGCAGUUGGAUAAAAACAUGAGCAGCCUGCGUUCAUGGCUCAGUCACAUCGAAACGGAGCUCGCUCAACCCAUAGUGUACGAGACGUGUGACGCUGGAGAAAUACAGAAGAAGCUCAGCCAGCAGCAGGAUCUGCAGAGAGACAUCGAAAAGCACAGCACGGGCGUGGCGUCCGUCCUGAACCUGUGCGAGGUGCUGCUGCAUGACUGUGAUGCCAGCGCCACAGAGACGCAGUGCGACUCCAUCCAGCAGGCCACGCGAGGCCUGGAUCGCCGCUGGAGGAACAUCUGUGCCCUGGCGAUGGAGAGGAGGCUGAAGCUCGAGGAAACCUGGAGGUUGUGGCAGAAGUUUCUGGACGAUUAUUCGCACUUCGAGGACUGGCUGAAAGCAUCCGAGAGGACCGCGGCUCUGCCCAACUCGUCCGGAGUGCUCUACACCGUCGCCAAGGAGGAGCUCAAGAAGUUUGAGGCGUUUCAGCGGCAGGUCCAGGAGUUUCUGACCCAGCUGGAGCUGAUCAAUAAGCAGUACCGAAGGCUGGCCCGCGAGAACCGCACAGACUCAUCCUGCCGACUACGACAAAUGGUGCAUGAUGGGAACCGACGGUGGGACACGCUUCAGAGGAGGGUGGCUGCCAUCCUGCGCAGGCUGAAGCACUUUAUUGGACAGCGGGAGGAGUUCGAGACGGUCAGAGACAGCAUUCUGGUGUGGCUGACCGAGAUGGACCUGCAGCUCACCAACAUCGAGCACUUCUCAGAGUGUGACGUCCAGGCCAAAAUCAAACAGCUGAAGGCGUUCCAGCAGGAGAUCGAGCUGAACACGGGGAAGAUCGGAAGUGUGUUCAGCCUGGGUGAAGCUCUCAUGGAGAAGAGCGAGCCGCUGGACGCUGCUGUAAUCGAGGAGGAGCUGGAUGAGCUGCAGCGCUACUGCAGGGAGGUGUUCGGCCGCGUGGAUCGCUACUACAGGAAGCUUACACGCCUACCUCUGGCUGACGAAGAGUGCGACGGUUCCGAUCAGGAGUUCGAACUCGACAACUCGGGCGACUUCUCUGAUCUCCAGUGGGAGGACGGAAACUCUUUGCCCGACGCUAACAGCAGGCCGCCGUCGGCCAGCCCGGCGCCCCUUCGUGCUAACUGCUCAGGCAGGGACACGCCGGGGAGCGUGGACUCCAUCCCGUUAGAGUGGGACCACGACUACGAUCUAGAACCCGUGGCUCAUAGCGUGGCGUCUAAGAAAAGAGGGCAGGGCGUGAAGGAGGAGGAAGUUGUGUGCGUUGCCACUUCGGCGCUUAAAGACGUAGUGAUUCCCGAGAGUCCUGAGGCGUAUAUUAAACUGACAGAGAACACGCUGAGGUCCUCCAAUGGUGAAGCGGCUCCUAACGUAUCGGACUUCGACAGCCAUAACAGCUCGUAUGUGGGUUAUAUGCGGUUGAUGGGAGACUGUCGGGGCAGUUUGAAUGCUGUGAGGAGAGCAGAGGGGGAGCUGGAGCAGGAUGAGAACGAUCUGUCAGGACUGAGCAACCCUGACAAUCCAGAGACACAGAACACAGGUGUGAUCGAGCGCUGGGAGCUGAUCCAGGCCCAGUCCCAUAACCUGGACAACACACAGAGGGAAGACCUGCUGCUCUGGCACCAGCUGACCUCUGACCUGGAGGAGAUGGAGGCUUGGCUUUGCCGGACAGAGGAGGAGCUGGCCGAGCUGAGAGGGAGGAACUUGAGCACGGAUAUAAACACCAUAGACCAGAGGAUCCAAAAAUUAAAGGAGCUCCAGAAGUCGGUGGACACGUAUAAAGCGAAGAUCCUCUCACUGAACCUGAGCAGCGUCGGGCUCCUCCAGUCGGACUCGGACGAGAGCAGGAAGCUCAGGAAGAGACUGAAAGAAAUAAACUCACGCUGGGAUCAACUGGGUAAAUCGCUCCAGCAGUGGCGGGCGUCGCUGCAGGACGCUCUUCUGCAGUGCCAGGAGUUCCACGAGCUGAGUCACGGUCUUCUGCUCUGGCUGGAGAACAUCGACCGCAGGAGGAAUGACAUCGUUCCCAUCACGCCCGGCCUGGAGCGUCACACUCUUCAGGCUCAUUACAGAGCGUUAGAGCAAAUCCAGCAGGAGCUGAGAGACUCGGAGCGCAGCGUGAACAGCCUGCAGGAGCUCUCGGUGCAGCUGCUAGUGCAGGCGCAGGGCGGCGAGAGCCUGGAGGCGCAGGAGAGAGUGCACGUCAUCAGCAACCGCCUCCGUCUGCUCCUCAAAGCCGUCACCUCCGAUCUGGAACUGCUGGAGAAGGAGCUGCAGGCGUCCGGAGACGCACAGGUCUCAUCUGUUUGGUCUCCUGAUGAUGUGGACACAUCUGGAUCUGCCAGUCCCGUCUCUGUCGUCAACGUACCUGUUCAGCAUCCAGCGCUACGGAACAAAUGUAAUGUGUCCGAAGCAGGAUCCUCAGCCGGCCUGCAGCACCACAGGUCGCCCGGGGACUCUGCGUGCGCUUCCUCUCGCUCUGGUUCCUCCGGCCCCCGCGGUGGCGCUGCUGCGGCUCGCUGCCAGCCCUUCCUACUGCGGGUCCUGCGGGCGGCGCUGCCCCUGCAGCUUCUCCUGCUGCUCGUAGUGGGUUUGGCCUGUCUGGUGCCCAUGACUGAGGAGGAUUACAGCUGCGCCCACGCCAAUAACUUCGCCCGGUCGUUCCACCCCAUGCUACGAUACACCAACGGCCCUCCGCCCUUCUGAGCCGCCCGCUUUCAUAACACACACACACACACACACACACACACACACACGCCUCCUUCAGGACACAGAUUAACCAUGAUUGUCCCUUAGCCAAAGCUGAUUAUCCCUGUACAGUUAAAUCGCUGCUAUUUUUGCUUUGAUUUUUUAUUUAUUAACUGCGAUCUGAGUGUCAUGAUGAAAUCAGACGGAGGAGAGACGGUCGAGAAAACGUGACCGAGAUUCUGUCUCAUCAUGGGCCAGUGAAGACGUGAACCUGAUGGACUUUAUAGCACUGAAAUUACUGAGGUACUGCACUUACAACCGUCCAGUUGGUUAUUUGCUUACUAAGAAUUAUUUUUUCAUUUACAGUUGGAGAUAAAAUAAGCUAUUUAUCACUUAAAGUGAUUUUGAUAAGUAUUAAACGCCCUUUAAAUAUGGUGUAUUUAUUUUAGUUUUUUUUUAUUAUUAUUAUUAUUUUUUAAGGCAUGAGGUCAGUGCAUUUUCUGAUACGAUGAACAAUCACCGAGCUGCUGCUCUCUGAGAGACAGAAGUCGAUUCUGAAUAGCUGUUAGGUCACACGGUUAUUAAAAUGUAUAAAACAUGAAUAAUGAAAAUGUCAGUGCUUAUUUAUGUAUGUACAGUUUACUAAUGCUGACGUCAAAAUGUCUUUUCAAUUAAUAUAUAAACAUGAAUAAUCCGG